GAAGGAUAGUGUGCAAAAGAAUCAACACCUGAACAAAGAAAAAAAAACAAAUAAGAAAGGGAUCUUCUAAAGCGACUUCAGGAGGCUGUUAUAAAGUGAGUUCAGACAAAGGUAAGACCAGCUUUACUGUUUCUAAAAUAAAUGAAAGUAUUCACCUUAGUACUACCAUGCAGCAGAGAAAUGUUAUUCUCAGACAAUUUAUCUUUCACCAUCAACUUUACAAUUGAUAUUUGUAGAUUCACAAUUAGUGUGAUGAUGCAUCUUAUUCUUCUUCAUUUGCCACCUAUUAAAAUGAAUUGUCUCCAUUUCUCCUGAAAAAAAUACCUCAUUCUAAAAGGUGAUUAAUAAUGUCAGAUUAAAUUGUACUAUUGGAAAUGUGAUUUUUUUUUUUUUUUUUUACCAUAAAGUCAAAUGGCAAAACAAUUAUUUAAGAGAAACAAAGUAGCAUAUAAAGGAAAUAAAACAUAUCCAUUCAGAUGAAGAAUAUCAGUUUAUAUUAUGAAUUAUGAAUGUUUAUUAUCUUACGUGCAGUGAACUUUGAUGGGCCACACUUAAGGCUUUUUGUUUCUCAACUGUAUAUGGCUUUAUUUUUUGACUUGUUUGAGACUUCAUCAUGAAGACACUUAUACCAAUCAAUCACAAAUAUUUUCCUGGCUUCGUGGUUAACACUGCUGCCUCAUAGCAAGAAGGACCUGGGAUUGCUUCCCGCCUGGUCCAUUCUGUAUAGAGUUCUGUACGUGUUCUGCAUGUUAGGUGAAUUGGUGAUUCUAAACUGACCGUUGGCGUGUGUGAGUAUGUUUGUCUGUCUAUAUGUGGCCCUGCGACAGACUGGCAUCCUGUCCAGGGUGCACUGCGCCUCUUGCCCUAUGACUGGCUGCUGGGAUAGGCUCCAGCACCCCAUGACCCUUCAUUGGAGUAAGCGGGUAUAGAAAAUAAAUGAACAGUUUUUGCCCAUUCUUUCGAAUUCCAUUGUAUGUGAACGGCUAAACAUUUCAGAUCACGUUGCUGUGACUGUUGUGUUUAGCCUGAAAAGUCACUUUUGCUUAAUAAUUUUUGAGGCUUUGACUGAGUCUUCCUUUGCCUACAGGUGUGAAUAUGAUGAGUAUGUGUCAGCUGGUGCUGCUGUUGGGUCUGAUUCUGUGUGUGGGGGCCCAGCACUGGUCUCAUGGUUGGUACCCUGGAGGCAAGAGGGAACUGGAUUCUUUUGCCACAUCAGAGAUUUCAGAGGAGAUUAAGGUGUGUAAAGGAGGAGAAUGCAGCUACUUGAGACCCCAGCGGAGGAGCCUUCUGAGAAGCAUUCUUGUGGAUGCCUUAGCCAGACAGCUCCAAAAGAAAAAGUGAUGGACUUCCAUCUAUGCUGCUUUUAUACCAUCUGACCCUCCUCAGCAAUGUCCUUGUAUUGCAUAACGAUUAUUGUUAAACUGUCCUCUUUGUUCUGCUCUGUCAGUAAAUUUGCAGCAUUAUGUGGAUGCUUCCAGUUU